GCGGAAAGCUGCGCAGGGCGAGUGGACGACUCGGCGGCCUGUAACCAUGCGCGGCUUGGAGAAGCAGGGUCCCAGUGCCACUGCGGCUCGGUGCGGUUGCGCUCAGCCGGCCCUGGAGACAGGGAAUCUUCUAACUGAGCCAAUAGGCUAUUUGGAAUCGUGUUUCUCCGCCAAGAUUGGUACUCCAAGGCAGCCGUCCAUUUGUGGCCACUCCAGAGCCCGUUUGAAGAUCAGAAAGAGCAUCUUCAAUAAUCCUGAACAUGCCUUGAUGGGCCUAGAACAGUUUUCCCAUGUUUGGAUUUUGUUUGUUUUUCACAAAAAUGGCCAUUUGAACUACAAGGCAAAAGUGCAACCCCCUAGGCUGAACGGGGCAAAGACUGGAGUGUUCUCCACAAGGAGCCCACAUCGCCCUAAUGCAAUAGGAUUGACGCUGGCCACCCUGGAGAAGGUGGAAGGUGGAGCUGUAUACCUGUCUGGAAUUGACAUGAUACAUGGCACUCCUGUGCUAGACAUAAAGCCCUAUAUCGCUGACUAUGACUCACCGCGGAACUCGGAGCCUCUGGAGGACUUUGCCGUGCAGAAUAACCACCAGAAGCCGAGAGCUGCGUGCCAGUCUGAUGGCACCACUGACAGGUGUGACCAGUGGCUGCUCUCAGGCAAAGCACAGCCCUGCCAUAACGCUGAGGAGAAACCAAGAUGCCUUGAAAGCAGAACCUCAGAACAAGACUCCCAGAAGUCCAAAGACAGCACAGGAACCCAGCACACUUUGCCAGAGGACAGAGACGAAACAGUGGAUUUGGCACUGGAACCAAGCAGAGGUGACAGCAUGGGUACGGUUGACGAGCAACUUGGCUUACAGGAUCUGAAGAGCUUACAGGAUCUGGAAGAAGGCACAGAUAGGCCAAGGAAAGUGGAAAGUGUCUUGCUGGGGAGCCAUGCAGAAAAACAGUGGGAUGCUUCCUGCCGUGCCAGGACAGCUGACAGGGUGCCCUGCAGUGUCGUCCCCAGCUGGGUGAAGGAGGCCCCUGUGGCCCCUUUACAAGUCCGGUUUACUCCUCACUCAGAGAUGGACCUGAGGAAGCUCAGUUCAGGAGACGCGGGUCAGAUGUCAUUCAGGUACUUUCGGUCCACAGAGGACGCCAAGUGCGCCAUUGAGGCCGUGCUGGCAGCAGAUCCUCGCUCCGUGUACCGACGGAAGCUCUGUCAGGACCGCCUCUUCUUCUUCACUGUCGACAUUGCGCACAUCACGUGCUGGUUUGGCGAUGGCUUCGCGGAAGUUCUGAGGAUUAAACUGGCUUCUGAGCCUGUUCAAAUGACUGACCCUGAGGAGUCCUUGGUGGCUCUGGGGUCCUGAGGAGCUCCCAUUGUGGCUUUAGACAGCCUCUGGACCUCUGCAGGUAUCUGCUUUCCUCAUUGGUGCUUUGGCACCAUUUAAAAUAUUUAUUUGAAGG